AGUACCUCCUCUCUUCCACUCCUUCAUCACCUCACUGCACCCACCCUCACCCUCACCCUGAUUGCCUCCACCGAAUUACUUCCCAUGGCCACCGACUCUCGCAAGCGCCUCGCGCUGAGCAUCUGCGACUUUCUCGCGACCAGCCUUAAGGACGGCACGCUGCAGCCCGAAGACGCCGACUCGGUCGAGAUUGCCACCAACUGCAUCGCCGACAUAUUCCACGUCGACCCCUCCGAUCACGCCGCAGUCCAGGAUGCCCUCGGCGGCCAGAGUCUGCUCGCCAUCUUUGGCGUCUAUGAGAAGCUGAAAGGCAAGUCUGCCCCUGCGGCCCCAAGCGCUGCUGCCAGCGACAAGUCCGUGGCUCCCGGGUCGCCUACCGACGAGAGCGAGAAGCUCAAGGGCAUGGGCAACGCCGCCAUGCAGAAGAAGGACUAUCAAACAGCCGUCGAUCACUACACCAAGGCUCUCGAGAUCUGCCCUCUCAAUCCCAUCUACUUGUCAAACAGAGCCGCCGCAUACAGCGCCAUGAGUCAACACGAGUUUGCCAAAAACGAUGCCGAGCUCGCCACUGCCACGGACCCAAAGUACCCCAAGGCCUGGUCACGACUUGGGCUUGCCAGGUUUGCGCUGGGUGAUGCCAAGGGUGCAAUGGACGCCUACAAACAGGGCAUCGAUGCCGAGGGUAACGGUGGCAGUGAUGCAAUGAAGAAGGGCUACGAGACUGCCAAGCGCAAGGCUGCAGAGCAGGAGCAAGACGAAGACAAUGGUGAAGUCGCUGCGCAGGAGUCGACCAGAGGCGGAGCAGGUGCUGCCACUGGUGGAGGAAUGCCCGAUCUGGCCAGCAUGUUUGGUGGAGGAGGCGCAGGCGGCAUGCCGGAUCUCGGGUCUCUGAUGCAGAAUCCCAUGAUGAGGCAAAUGGCACAGAACUUGAUGAGCAACCCAGACAUGAUGAAUAACAUCAUGAACAACCCCCGACUCCGAGAAAUGGCCGGUCAAUUUGGCGGUGGCGGUGGCGGUGGUGCCGGCGGUGGCGCUGGAAGCGGGGGCAUGCCCGAUCUGAGCUCACUCAUGAACGAUCCCAACAUUGCAGAUCUUGCCAGGAACUUUAUGGGAGGUGCCGGAAGAGGAGCUGGAGGCAACCAAUGAUGUGGGUAUGGGUCCUCGAUAACACUGCACGAAGCGCAGCACGACCACCCGGUGUCCCGUAUGCGGUAAGUAAUUGAAUCCACAUCGAUGGCAGAGAACAGCACAGAAGCUUUCCUCCCUUUCCAGCUACUGAGUGUGCUGCUGGGUAUGAGAUUGUGUAGUGAAGGCGUGGAAGCCUCGUCCUUUUCGCACGUGCCGCAAUACCCCCUUCACACAACUUAAUGGUCGUGCUUCAGAGGACGGCAUCGAAGACGGUGCUCUCGAGCUAUAGCAAUGGACAAACAAGGCCAAGUAUUCACACACAAUGGCACUGGUAACGUUCAAUUUCGGGGGUUGCGUGCAUAUAGAAAUCUAC